AUGGGCUCGCAGCUGCACGACGUGCCGACGCCAAGCGACGGUCCGGAAAGAAGAAAGCCUUCCUUCAAGAUACGCCGCGCCGCACCGGACGACCUCGCCGCCGUGGCGGACAUCGGAUCGCGCGUCUUCUCCGCCACGUUUGGUCACUCCGUCACCGAGCAGCAGCUGCAAACUUACCUGGACGAGGCCUACUCGGCAGCGGCCAUUGCCGCCGACUUUGCGGACCCGAACAAGAUCAUCAUCGUCGCGACGGGCAGCGACGGCUCCUCGGAGGGCGGCGCACGGGUAGUAGUAGUUGGCUUCGCGCAGCUGACGCAGGGGUCGAGGGAGCCCUGCGUCGAGCAUCUGCCGGCAGCCAUUGAGCUGCAGCGCCUGUACGUCGACUCGGCAUUUCACGGUCAGGGCGUCGGCAGUGUGCUGAUGCAGGAGGCCGAGCGCGUCGCUCGCGGCUUGGGAUGCGGAAACAUAUGGCUGGGCGUCUGGGAAGAGAAUCACCGGGCCCAGGCCGUGUACGCGAAGCUCGGGUUCAGCAAGGUCGGCAAGCAUGACUUUGACGUGGGCGGGGAUAUACAGACGGAUGAGAUUUUGGUCAAGGCACUUGCAUAG